AGUGUAACAGCCACGAACAAGUAAAAGCGAAAAUAUCUGCACCUGCCAAGCGGUGCACCCUACUCUCUGCUGUACCUUGGACGGGAAGACGGUGACGAGAGAUUUUGAUUUUGUUUCCAGGAUCUGGGAUUUUAUCCUGUCAUUGAUAGCUAACCUGCUGUUAAAAUCUCGUUGUGAUUUCGUUUUUUCGUUUAUGUUUUUUAAAGCACUAUGUAUGCAUGCUGUUUUUUCCAAAUCAUUUCCUUGUCUACAUUUUGUAUUUUCUGAAUUUGAAUAGUCUUUUGUGUCCGACUAACAAGACGAUCUGACUGCACUGACACGUUUUCUUCCUGAGUUUUGUAUGCUCUGGUGACGGAACGGUGCAUUCGAUACCAAAACAAUCUUUAAAAUUCCCUGAUAUUACGAUUAGAUAGGCUAUUGUUUUAGUGGUAUGUUUAACAACGAGUUGAGUGCAGAAUAGCGACUCGCUCUAAGGUGCCUGCUCUCCGCAAUGAAUCGGCAUGUCCACUUGACUGAAUAUGGAGAAUUCAGUAUUUUCUAAAAGACUAGCACUGUGCGUAAACAUGGAGUUUCUGACAUAACACGGAUUAUGUUGGGAAUAACCACAGAAAAUCUCCAAAUGAUCUACACUGCGUUUUUCCUACAUAUUUUACAUUGCCUUUCAUCAAUGUCGGUGUUAUUUCACAGUUUUUUUGGUUUGCUGAUUUAACUACUGAAAGUGUAUUCUGUAAUCCUAUAUAUCAAGAUGAUAUUGUUUCGUAAAUUUCGAGUUUUGAUACUCAUGGUAUUUUUGGUCGCAUGCACCAUGCAUAUUAUGAUAGACUUGCUCCCGAAACUGGAGAAACGAGCCGCAGGACCGGACACCGGCAACGGUGGCUGCCAGUGCGCUCACAUCCCUAGCGAGGAGGUCGGAAGCUGGGGGAAGCAGCGCAUUAGGUCCGCGGUGGAACCGGGUUGGCCUGACAAACACACACUGAGAAUCCUGCAAGAUUUUAGCAACGAGCCAAACUCAAACCUCACGUCUCAUUCCCUGGAAAAAAUCACUGCGAUUGGAGAGAGAUUGGAGGCUUUCAAACGUAUGAAACAGUUCGCCGGGGCAGCAGAUAACCAGAAGACGCUCAUCGGAGAUGCAAGCGGGGGUAAGACGGUAUCUGUGCCCGUUGUCUCCCGGCUCGCGGCUCUGUUUGAGCAUCCUUUAUACAAGACUGACCUGCCGACCAUCACGGACGAUGACACCUUGUUCAACGUCAAUACUGACAUCAGGUUCUAUCCGAAAGCAGCGGGAAAUCAAGAAUGGCACAAUGAAGCCAAUGCGGAAGACGAUGAGUACCCACCCACAGGGGACGUGACAGCCGACUCAUACCCCAACUGGCUUCGCUUCCAUAUUGGUAUCAACCGCUAUGAGCUCUACUCCAGACACAACUCUGUCCUGGAUGCCCUGCUCAAGGACCUGGUCACCCAGAGGAUAACCAGUGUGGCCAUGAAGUCAGGAGGAACUCAGCUCAAGCUCAUUAUGACCUUCCAGAACUACGGACAGGCUCUGUUCAAGCCCAUGAAGCAAACUAGGGAACAAGAGACACCCCCAGACUUUUUCUACUUCUCGGAUUUUGAGAGACACAAUGCUGAGAUUGCUGCCUUUCACCUUGACAGGAUUCUAGAUUUCAGAAGAGUGCCCCCGGUGGCGGGAAGGCUGGUAAACAUGACAAGGGAGAUACGGGAUGUAACAAGGGACAAAAAGCUCUGGAGGACCUUCUUCAUCUCACCAGCCAAUAAUGUCUGUUUCUACGGCGAGUGCUCGUACUACUGCUCUACGGAGCAUGCUCUGUGUGGGAGGCCAGACCAGAUCCAGGGUUCCCUGGCUGCCUUCCUCCCAGACCUGGCCCUGGCCAAACGCAAGACCUGGAGGAACCCCUGGAGACGAUCCUACCACAAACGCAAGAAAGCAGAGUGGGAGGUGGACCCAGACUACUGUGAUGAGGUGAAGCAAACUCCUCCUUACGACCGUGGUUCUCGUCUGCUAGAUAUCAUGGACAUGACCAUCUUUGACUUCCUCAUGGGUAACAUGGAUCGGCAUCACUAUGAGACUUUUGAGAAGUUUGGAAACGACACCUUCAUCAUUCAUCUGGACAAUGGAAGAGGGUUUGGAAAACAUUCCCACGAUGAGCUCUCCAUAUUGGUGCCUCUGAGCCAGUGCUGCAGAGUGAGGAGGUCAACUCACCUCCGUCUGCAGCUGCUGGCGAAGGAGGAGUACCAGCUAAGCCAUUUGAUGGAGGAAUCCUUGGUUCGCGACCGCCUUCACCCUGUCCUCAUCCAGCCCCACCUGGAGGCUAUGGACCGGAGACUGCGCCUGGUGCUCCAGGUCUUAGCUGUUUGUGUGGAGAAGGAGGGUUACAGUAAUGUGGUGGAGGUGGAUGACAUCCCCUGGGCCAGGGGGGCCAGGGACACAGCCACCCGUAGGAACGCAAUACACAGGUAGUAAGGUAUUGGUAGGAGGAGAGGGAGAUGUGUGGGUGAAACCCUAGUUCUCCUGGUUUCCCCCAUUCUGGACCUUCGAAUAAACUACCAUUAAUUGAGAACCAACCAUGGGCAUCUAGUCUCACAGAAAGAGACUGACUGGAGCCUGUGACUGUGCGGAAGCCGCCAAUUUGAAUUCAGUGAAUUCAGAGACCUGCCGUCAAUGCCUCUAUGGAACCUACCAUGUAUGUGUGUUUAUAUAUAGGUAUGAGCGUGUUGAGAAGAGGCCUACUUUUUGCUAAAUACAGAUGUUUUAUUGCUUUAAUGAUGAAUAGGGAAACACUUUUAUUUAAUGCAAAGGCUAUUCUUUUUAAUUCUGGUUCGUGCUAAGCUACAGUUUAAUUCUGUUAUAACCCAAUGAGAUUUAAAUAUGUGGUCUGAAGUGGAGUUUUAGCCUUUAUGUGCACAGUAGUUGAAGGAAUGGUAGGUCAAUAAAGCUUUAAUUUUAGAGAGAUGCAAGUGUAUGAACGAAAUGUUGUAUUAUUUAUGAUAUGUCAGUGUGAUCGUUAUUCAUCAGUUGCAUCCAUUUUCAGUCUUCUUCUAUUACUGUCUAUUGCAGUACUAUAGGCUUCCAUUACUAUGAUAUAUUAUACAGUCACAUUUUCACAGUACAGAAAUGAUCUGGUAUUAUGGUAAUACUGUAAUGUCCUGUGAAUUACUACAUCAGUGAAUUGUUUUGGGAACUUUGGGAUUCAAUAAAAUAAGCACUGCUAAACACCAUUUUAAAACUGAUAGUUACCAACUUGGGUGAUUUUUAAGUGUAAAGUAUUUACCAUAAACACCAGAAAGUGCUCAAAGUAUUUUCAGUGCUUUUCGAUACAGUUUUAAGUUCAAUCUAACUUGAUCAGUGAUCAAUACCUGGACUGAAGAAUCACCAGGGUUUUUCCAAGGUUCUCUUAGUCAUCCUGAGCAUGAUCUACUGUUUACUGCCCUUGCCCUGUGCUUUCUGGAACACCAACUUAAAAAAGUUAUCCAUUUAAGUAGAUUAUCAUUCAAUCUUUACAUUUAUUUUCAUCCAUGCUCUCAUGGUUGGAUGAUACUGCCCAUUUUUAUUCUGAAUUUCUGACUUACUAAAGAUUUUCUUAAUCAAUGCAUUACUGGAAUGGUGGGGUUCGCUGAAAUAAAAACAUGCUGUGUGGUUAUCAAGGACAUCUUGCAUGUACGUGAAUAGUUUUUACAGGACGUUGUGUGACAGACAUCAAUAUAGCUAUGUUUGUUUUUGCAUACUUCACACUCUUUCUCACUUGCACACUCUCACACACUCUAACACAUGUACAUUAUCUGCGCUAAGCCAUCAUGCCAGUCUCUUUCUCAGUCUACAGGAGAAGCUCGGUGACACUAUCUCAUCUAUCUCAAAUUCAGAAUGUAUCCGCUCAUAAUAGCUGAGUGUUUUGUUCUGUUUUGUUCUCAGCCAGCAUGGCGGUUAAGGUUUCCAUUAUGUGGAGAAAUAAAGUGAGGGAAAGACACUAAUCUUUAUUAUAUUAUCAGAGAUUAUUUAAUUACCAACAUUCUUAUGUUAAAAUGCGUAACAUUGAUAUCAUUAUUUUGAGGAAAUGUGGUUAUAAACAUAAGGUAAAACUGGUCUCUGAUUACUGUGUAUGCCAGUAUGUUAGUCAGAUUAACUUCCAAUUUGCCAUGCAAAACAGAGCUAUGAGUUUCAUUCAAAUCCCAGCUCUUACAAGAUACACAACAUGUCACUAUGUGUACAUUGUGUUGUUUGAUGCUUUAACAAUUGCUAUGAUUAUGUAUAUGUCACAACAACAUUGCAUUAGGGUAUCUUAUACACUUCUUCCAUUAUUUUAUUUGUUUUGCAUUUGUCUUAACGUUUUGGCACUAUUCAAUGUUUUGUCCAAAUCACUUUUUUGAUGCUGUCUGUUAUCGCUGGAGGUUUUGAGUACAAUGAGGACAUGUUUUACAGUCUGCUCCAAAUAUAGGCCCUAGAAUCUAUCUAUGCCUGGUGCCUGUGCAAUGACGGCUGGACUUGGAUGUUUUGGGUCGCCAUACAAACAGACAAUACAAAUGCAGAGAGCCUGGUGGCGUGGCCCCAUAAGGAGGAUCUACAGAGGGAGAAAAAGGUUUUAGUGGUAAAUUCACUAUGUUGCUACUUUGUGUUAUUAAGGUUCCUUGCCCUCAAAGUACGAGCCAAAAUAUUUAGCCAUAAAUAGCCACAAAUCUCCAUUCACUCAAUCCAACACUAGCUCAAAAUCUAUGAAAUUAACUGGUAGAACAAAAUGUAGGAUUGCCUGCCUGCCUGAAAACAAAUUCAUAUUAAAGGUGUUUUGGCCUUAAACUUUUAAUUAUGACAUGCUUACAUGUUCAAUUCAAUUAAUUUUGUAUCUAUUGGUUGCUUAGAUCUGCUGAAGACUGUAAUGACUGUAAUAUCACAACCAUAGAUAUCUGCUGGCCUGCAAACUACGUUUAAGUGAGGAACCAUGCAAUAUUAUGUUGUGCAAUAGUGCAAUUUUCAGCCUCCCUGCGCUUAGCCGAAAUGAAAUGGUUACGCACCUCCAGGUGUUGUGCUUUUCAUACUCUCAGUAUAAAUGCUAGCACAGGAUCACAGGUUUUUGUGAAAUAGGCACAUACUGCUUAUUAGAAAUUUCUGACAUGCACACAAUAAAGGCAUUUUUUGUGUACAGGACACGAUUUUCUUCAUAUUUGGACAAAGGCAUGUGAUUGGUUGACUCAACAACAAGGAAUAGGGCGGAGCUUGGAUUGAGAACAAGCUAGCGAGAACAUUUGAACCCUGUUCUUACUUUAAAUCCUAACUUUAACAGUUAACUAUUAACCUAACUUGAACUCUUGCCUAACCCUCACCUUAACUCUCAUUCAACAUUUAUUACAUUAAUGUCUGAAAAUAUCAUGUCCUGUACACAAACAUCUUCAUUCAGUGCUGAUCUGAGAAAUUGGUGUUCUGUACACCAAAAAAAUUGCCUUUUCCAUGUUACACAUUUGUAAUGAACAAUUUGUGUCUAUUUAACUUUUUUUUUUAAUAAUGUGUUGGUGAAUACUGAUCUAUGAAUAUGUUGGAAGACCUAAGAAGCUGCAAUGCGCAGCAAUACGCUUCUGUUUCCUCCUAUUGCAUUGUUACUGUGAACAUCUGUUUGCUAAAUGAUAACGGUCUGCAAUAAAACAAAACUGAACAAAGUGUCAAGUAA